UGACAUACGUGUUGAAAGUUAUUAACCAAUAAUAUUGUUAUAUUACAAAGAAACUAGCUCUCGUGGCAUUAGGGUAACUCCGGUAUAUACGCUGCACCUAUAAGGAAAACUUAAUUUAUUAAGUAUUAUUUACAAUGUUUAAGACAAAUAAACUAUACUAAUAAAAACUGUAUACUAUCUACUACUAUAAAAAAAAUGAAAAAUAUGAAAAGUUAAUUGUUGUAUUUAACGAAAAAUCUUUUAGAAAUCCUUGCAUUUUUGACACAUAUCUCACAGGAGUGGGUUAUACGACUAUUCAUGGGUGGAUAUAUGUCUUACAAAUAAUGUUCAUAAAUUAGGUAAUAAAAUGAUGAUAUAAAAUGCGUGUGAAAAGUUUAGAAAAGUACAAGAAUGAUAAACAAAUGCAGAUUUGUUUGCAGAAGGAUUAAAAACAUAUUUUAGACAAACUAUAGAUACAUUAAAGAGAUAUUCGAAGAAAACUUAAUAAGAGCUUUUAUCACUUCCUUUUCUCGUUUUCUGCCAUCAGUUUAACUUAUUAUUCACUGUACUAUGGCAUAAAUCUCGCAUGGUAAAAAUGCUGUCUAGCCUAAAUAGAUGGGAUAUAAAAGAUAUCAAGCAAAACGAAGAAUACAAGAGCGAGGCACUUAUUGUAUCUUGCUGUAUUAUAUCCUUUACUAUCCCUCUACAUAGAAAAGGAAAAAGAAAGAUGUCUCAAGUGGAGAAAUCAGAUCUCACAGCCGGCGGAGACGCACCACCAGUUGAAGCGAUCAAGCUCGAUUGCGCUGAUAAUACGGUCGCAAUUAUCGCAGUGGAGAGCGCUAAUGUAAAACCAGAAGACGCAACUGCAUCCGCAGGAGAAAUUGCAAAAGAGGUGUUAAACGUGCAGACUGAAAACGAACGUCCGAUAGAAACGACAAACAACGCGAACGUACCUGGUGGAGUAGAAGAAGUUGUUAAACCAGAAGAUGCAUCUACUGCAGAGUGUACUAAUGUAAUCACACAGAUCAUUCAUACGUCAGUGGAAGAUGUGGCACAAGCUGAGGCACAAGAGAUCGCUCAAGAAUCUAAUAGUUCUGUAAUCGCUCUUCACAGUGAAGAAACGUUACAAUCAAAAUCUGCUAAUAAAGAAAAGAUCGAUACGUCAAAGCAGAAUACAAGAAGUAACAAUGCGGCGUGCAUAUCCAGAUUGGAGGCGGAAUUGCGGAAAAGAACAAAGGAGUGUGACAGUUACCGGAAGAAAUUGGAAGACACGGAGGCGAAGCUGGCCGCCCUGCAAACAUCCUACGAUACAAUAAUGAAUCACGGCAGCAACGAGGAUACCAUGCAACAAUCGGUGGAACAGUUGCGCGGACAACUGGUGCAGACAGCAUUGAUGUAUGAGGAACGCAAUCGCGUAGUCGCGAAUCAGGAGAACCAGAUUAACGCCCUGAACAAUCAAGUCACAUCGUUGAAGGAAGUGAUAUCGAUCACGCGGGAUUUGUUGCAGAUCCGCAACAUGGAAGUGAAACAGCUGCAAGCUGAAGUUGACAAUAUGGAAAAAAAAAUUUCCGAGGAACGCGAUCGACAUAACGCGAUGAUUAGCAAGAUGGAUACAGCAAUGAGGCUCAAUGCUGAUCUCAAAAAGGAAUAUGAGACCCAGUUAUCUCUGUUUCAAAGUCUUCGUGAGAAAUACGGCGAGAAAAUUACUCUAUUGUCCAGGGAGAAGCAAGCCCUCGAAACGGCCGCCUCUGCACCUGAAUGAAGAUAACUUUUACAUGUCCUUAACAUUAUUAAUACAUAUAUUUGUCAUGCUUUUAUAUCAAUUAUUUAAUGUGCACUAAUAAAAUAAGAGUGU